CGCAAUCAUGAUGACACCGGAAAGCGUCGAUUGUUGUGGACUUACCCACAUCUUCACAACUCCAGCAUUCUGCCUAUCACAUUGGCUGCUUUCUUCUAUCAUCGUUACCAUUGGUGGCAACGAUAUUCACCUGCUCCGCGAGAAUGGAUUUCCGAUCUCAGCAAGAUCGUGUUCGACAGCCGGAUGAGACGGAACGUUACUAUGAGCCAGCAGAGGUUCCAGAUCAAGAACAGUUUGGCAGAGCCGAACAAAUAUCUUCAUCAGAAUCGGAGCAGCGAGAACCACAUGAGAAGAAACACGACGCCGAUGAGGACGAGGAUGAUACGUCCGAUACAUCGAGCGUCUUCUCUGAAAGCCGACACAUGGAAGGACCACGAAGUCUACGCCGCCCCAGCACAAGUCUUUCGCGAACGACGUCUCGUAAUCUCGAACGAGCACAAACUACAGCUUCUACGGUCCUCUCUGCCAUUCGAUCGCGAGCGCCUCGAGGACAAUUUACGCAUCCUUUGACGCACGAAAAGACUCUGGCGGACGUGCUUGUGGACUUCGAUGGCAAAGAUGACCCUUAUCGACCUCUCAACUGGCCAUUCAAGAAGAAAGCUAUUACGACCGUGUUAUAUGGUUUCACCGCCAUGGGAGCGACGUUCGCAUCUUCGGUAUACAGUCCUGCUGUGAGUGAGAUUGCACAAGAUUUCGCGAUCGGUACGGAAGUUUCCACGUUGGGGAUUUCGUUGUUUCUUGUUGGGUUUGGAAUUGGACCACUGGUUUGGGCGCCUCUGAGUGAGGUUUAUGGACGGAAGAUGGCUGUUUUGAUUCCGUAUUUCAUCUCUGCGCUGUUUGCGUUCGGUGGUGGCGCGGCGAAGGAUGUUCAGGCGUUGAUGAUUUGUCGGUUCUGGCAGGGCAUAUUCGGAUCUGCGCCGGUCACGAAUACGGGAGGCGUUCUGGGUGACUUGUUCUCAGCAGAGCAGAGAGGUGCGGCGAUGGUUGGCUAUGCCAUGGCUGUGGUCGGAGGACCCACGCUUGGUCCGAUCAUUGGUGGUGCGUUUAUCGUCAGUGGAGUUGGCUGGCGCUGGACACAGUACAUUACAGGCAUCCUGAUGAUGUUGUUCUUGGUUCUGGAUCUCCUCAUCGUGGACGAGAGCUACGCGCCGACUUUGCUGGUGGCCAAGGCACGACGACUCAGGCAUGAGAGCGGUAAUUGGGCUCUGCAUGCAAAGCACGAAGAGUGGGAUGUUUCGCUGAAAGAAUUGGGGCAUAAAUACCUGGUCCGGCCAUUUCAACUUCUCGCCACACCGAUUUGCGCUUUGAUGGCAUUGUACGCCUCCUUCUGCUAUGGCAUUCUCUACGCCUCACUAGCCGCCUUCCCGAUCGAAUUUCAGGAGACUCGUGGCUGGAACGCUCUUGUGGGAUCUUUACCUUUUCUUGCAAUGCUGGUCGGUAUCUGCUUCGGAGCGUGCGCGAACUUUCUCAAUCAGAAGUUCUAUGUCAAGAGACUGAAAGCGAACGACUAUCGGCCUGUGCCUGAAGCACGACUUCCUCCGAUGAUGGGUGGAUCCGUACUCUUCGCCGCGGGACUUUUCAUGUUCGCAUGGUCUUCUGGACCUGAAGUACAUUGGAUCGUGCCCUGCAUUGGCAUCGCCCUUGAGGGUAUCGGCUUCUUCACAAUAUUCCAAGCCGCACUGAACUACCUCAUCGAUACCUUCCAGAGAUAUGCAGCGAGCGCUGUUGCAGCGAAUACAGCACUGCGAAGCGCUUUUGCGGCUGCUUUCCCUCUCUUCAUUUCACCGAUGCUGCAUAAUCUGGGCAUCAAUUGGGGAGUAAGCAUUUUUGGUUUUCUGGCUGUGGCGAUGAUACCCAUUCCUUAUUGCUUUUAUGUUUUUGGGAAGAGGAUCCGUGCGAGAGGGGAGUGGAGCAGGGAGAGCGUGUAUCCGAAUGAGAAGAAGCAGGGAGUUUAGAUAUCGACAGCGACAGUCUCUAGGUGCGAUGAAUGCACGGAAUAGAAACAAUGCAUAGGAUUAAAUCGAACAACCAAUUCAUA